GACCUAGGCGUGAACAGCUUAGAGCAACUCUGCAUCAACUUUGCCAAUGAGCAUCUCCAGUGUUUUUUCAGUCAGACGGUUGUUGCCCAGGAAGAGCAGCGGCUUUUCAGCCUACUGAAUAUGUUGCAGCAGCAGGAAACGUGUUUGUCAUCUUUACAGGGCACAGAUCACACUUUCCUCCAGAAGUGUCAUUACCAUCAUGGAAACAGCCCUUGGUACACCAAGCCCAAGUUGCCUUUACCUGUUUUCACUGUGAAGCACUAUGCUGGCCCUGUCACCUAUCAGGUCCACAAGUUUCUUAAUAAAAACCGUGACCAGCUACGUCCAGAGGUGCUGGAUAUCUUCUCUCAGAGCCGCCUCAAGGUGGUCUCUCACAUUUUCCAGAAGGCUAAAGCUGCCUAUAGUCAGCAAAGGUUGCUGGGGGCCGGAGGCAAAGGGCUCAAGCCUCAGGCCUCCACACUUGUGUCCAAAUUCCAGCAGUCUUUGCAGGACCUCACAUCCAAGCUGAAAAGGAGCCAUGCCUUCUUCAUUCGGUGCAUCACCCCUAAUCCCAAAAAGCUGUCAAAUAUCUUUGAUGUGGAGUAUGUCACUUGUCAGCUGCGACAUUCUGGGAUACUGGAGGCUAUCCACAUUACAAAGGAGGGAUACCCAGUCCGUCUGCCGUUCCACAACUUCCUAGCUAGGUAUGGCCUUCUGGCUGGGCGAAGGCACAACUGCUUGGAGGAGAGAGAAGGCUGCAUGGCAGUGCUGUCUCAUGUGGUGGGGAACCCCUCAGAUCUCUAUCAGAUUGGACUAACAAAGGUCUUUCUGAAGGAGAAGGCCAGGCAGCUUUUGGAGAGACGAUGGAACCAGAGGCAGAGUUGGGCCAUCGUUACUUUGCAAAGGAACUUCCGAUGCCUCCUUCGCCGCCAACGCCUCCGAGUCCUCCAGGAGAAAGUCACAAUCAUUCAGGCUCACUUCCGAGGUUACCAGGCAAGGAAGCGUUACAGGAGGCUGAAGAAGACUUUGGUGCAGUUUAAUACCAUGAUUUUAGUCUCCAGACUUUUGAUUCAAAGGAGGAAGCAGUGCCAGGAUGUGGGACUGCUGGAGAUCCCUGCAGAGCUUGCUGCCCUCCUGCAGUUAGCUGAAGGUCAGUACCGAGCACAGGCCAACCAGAUAACUGAGGCAUUGCCUCCAGAAGUCAAGGUCAAAGAUGACGUUUCCCUCCCACCCACCAUCAACAGCUAUCCUUUCUCCUCCUUCAUUAAGUCACACUUCCAGAAGACAGGUUUCCCUGCCCCUGGUCAGCCUCUGGAGCACCCCUUAACCUAUCUGGAUGCUGAAUACGAGGAAAGCGCACUUGAGAUCAACAAGCUGAUUUUGCGGUUCAUUGGUGACAAGGAUCUCCAUGGCUGGCAGGAGGCACUUCUGGGCAACUAUAUUGCUUGGAGAGGUUUGAAUAACGUGGCUCUGCGCAAUGAAAUCUUCAGUCAGGUGGUUGCCCAGACAUGGAAAAACCCAGACAUGGAGUACAGCCGGAGAGCUUGGGUCCUGAUGGCAACUUUGCUGAGCUGCUUUGCCCCUUCACCAGCACUGGAGAAGCCAUUGCUGAAAUUUGUGUCAGAUCAUGGCAUGGAGGGCUACAACGCUGUUUGCCAGCGCAAGAUCUUGACAGCAGCACAGUACACAGAGAUAGACUCUACAUUGUCUCGAGCCUACCCUCCCACUCAGCUGGAGUGGACCGCAAACCAGAGGAGAGGGAAGAUGGUGCUGGAUGUUCAUACCUUUAAUGAGGAGAAGUUCUCAGCUGAGGUGGAGUCCUGGAUGACUGGGGAGCAGUAUGCAGGCUGGCUCCUGAAUGCAAGGGGCUGUGAUAAGAAGCCUCGAGGGUGGUCUAUCUCCAUGUUUACUGGCAACACAUGGCAGGACCUGCUGGGCUGUGACUUUGUGCUGGACCUCAUUGGAGAGAUGGAGGAGGUCAGCAACCUCAGCCGCCUCUCUCAGUCCUCAAUUGAGUACCCCAUCACUCCUCAAAGGGACAGAAGCUUCCUCCAGAACUCUGACCUGGAUUCGAUACCUCCUGCUCCAAGCAUCCGGGCACCUACCUUCCCACCACCUAGCCUGCCUCCAGAAUUCAACAAUCUCCAUCCAGAUCCAAGAUUCAGAGAUGACCUGAGGACCCCUGUAGGCUUGGAUCACUAUGUGGAUGAUCUCUUCAGCACUGUGCUGCAUCAAGGCUCCAGAGUACCAGAUAUGGAGAACAGGGAGAUUCUGACUGGACGCAUGAAAGGAGGCUUCUCUGGAAUGACUCAAGCACCAAUUUACCAGCCCAUGCCUUCAAUGAUGGGGAUGCCAGCAGCCAUGCCUAUGAUGCCAGCGGCUGGUGGGAUUGCACCUAUGCCAGCCAUGGUUAUGCCCCAGUCUGUGGUUCCAGCUGUAGAUCCCAAUCAGUUAGCAGCACAACAACAAGCCUUUAUCAACCAGCAAGCCAUGCUCAUGGUGUAUGACUGCACGGAAGACAAGUUCUCCAGCAGUGAAGAUGACGACUAUCCUCGGGAAACUUUCCAGCAGAAGAGACAGUAUUUUCAGAAGAUGGCUCCUGCUCCCCUUUUGCCACCUCCUGAGCCAAAGCCAAAAAAGCAGACACCACAAGUGAAGAAGAAGCCACUUGUAGUGAAGCCUUCAGGCCCUGAGUCGCGGCCUGCACCCAGCCGGGAGAUCGGCAACAUCAUCAAAAUGUACCAGAGCAGGCCAGCCCCCGAGCCCCAGCCUAUUGAGCCUGUCAGGAGAGUGUCCAAGCCAUUUGUGAAGAAGAACGACCCCAAAAAUGAGGCUCUGGCCAAGCUGGGAAUGAUGAACCUCCCACCUCCUGACUCACCGUCGCCCCUGCCACAAAAGAAAACACCUCCACCUCCCAAGCCCAAGCCAGGCUCAGCUUGCAGCUCUAUCAAGGAGAAGCAGUUGCCUCUCCUGUCCAUCUUCAGCCAGGAGAACCCUGCUGUAACAGUAGCAGAAGAUGAUGGCAUUAAGACCCAGCUGUACAAGCUCACUACCAGUGUCAGCUUUUCUUAUGUCAACCCUGCCUGGAAAAUCUUUCUGCGCAAAGAGGUGUUUUACCCCAAAGAAAAUUUCAGUCACCCUUAUUGUCUGAACUUGCUGUGUGAGCAGAUCAUGCGUGACACUUUCUCCGAUUCCUGCUUUCGGAUCUCCAGGGAGGAGAAGCGCAAGAUGAAAGACCUGCUGAUGGAGUUCCGGGUUGGCAACGAUGCCCAGUCCAUUCAGGAGGAUGGGAUAAAGAAGAGGAUUGUACUGGCUGCUCGGGAUAACUGGGCUAACUAUUUCUCCCGCCUUUUCCCAGUUCAUGGUGAAAGUGGAAGUGAUGUCCAGAUCCUGGGUGUUUCUCACCGGGGCAUGCGGCUGCUGAAGGUGGUGAAAGCAGCUGGCUAUAACCCUGAGCACCUGAAGAUUCUUCGUAGCUACAGCUUUGCAGAUGUGCUGUCAGUGGAACUGAAGGGCAGCAAUGCCCUGGAGUUCUCUUUGAAGACAGAGCAGCUCUUCCUGCACUCUCCAAAGGCUCUGUGCAUCAAGGCCAUGGUGGAACUCUUCAUCCAGGAGCUGAGGCAGGAUACCAACUACGUCGUUGCUCUGCGCAGCUACAUUGUGGAUGACAAGAGCCUUCUUAGCUUCAAGAAGGGCGACCUCAUUGAGCUACUGCCCAUGGAAGGCGUGGAGCCAGGCUGGCAGUUUGGCUCCACUGGUGGCCGCUGUGGUAUUUUCCCCACCAGCCUGGUGCAAUUGGCUGCAGCCCCUGAUUACCUCAGUACCAGCAUGGACAGACGUGGAGGGCUGCGGAAGAGUCUGAAAGCUUCUCCAGAGAGCAGGAACACCAGCAGGGAGAGUUCUGCUCCCAGCCUGACAUCAGAAUCCAACAGCAUCAUGUUAGUCCCUGCUGGUGAUCAUUAUACCAUGAUAGACUUCGCCACAGCCUACUUCCGAGAGGCUCAGUCCAUGCAGGGACUGAAGGGGAUGUCUGCUGAAAAGAAGAGUGCAGCUAACCUGGUCCAGCACACCAAGGUCCCAAUCCAGGAAUCUUUGCUCUGUUACUCUGACAGUGAGCUGAAUGACCUUGCUACAAAGAACUUCAAGACUCUGAUGCAAUUCAUGGGAGAUCAAUCAAAACCCAAGAAGCAGGAUGAGGUUGAAUGCAUCUAUGAAAUCCUUCAGCUGUGCAAGGAGAAGGAGAGUUUGCAUGAUGAGGUCUACUGCCAGGUCAUCAAACAGGUCACCUGCAACCCUAACCAGGAGAGCGUGCUGCGUGGUUGGUUGCUCCUAAACCUGCUAACAGGGUACUUCCUCCCUUCUAACAUCCUGAUGCCCUAUGCCACCAAGUUUCUGCAGCUAGCCAGCAGUGAUCCAUCUAGCACCCACCAUGAUAUAGCCAAGAUCUGUCAGAGCAACCUGCGGAAAAAUUUCAUGUAUGGGGGCCGUCGUCACCUUCCUUUUCCUGUGGAGAUAGGGGCAUUGCUGGUGGCCAAGGAGCUCUUGCAGGAGAUCUGCGAGCAGAUGGGGGCAAGUGAACAGGAAGAGAUACAGGAAUUUGUUCUUUUUGCCAUCAGAAGCGACAGCAAUAAUCUUGAUAAAAUGGUGAGGCCGAUAAGAUCGGAGGAGUAUCUUCAUGAUUACCUGCUGGAGGACAAGUUGGUCACUGUGACUUUACGCAGGCUCAUCUGGAGGACACCUUUGCACUUUGAGAACAAAAUUUAUACUGAUGUCCAUUAUGGACAGAUGCUGUGGGAUUACCUGAAUGGGAGGAUACUGUUGAGACAUAGUAAAGAAAUGGAGAUGCAGGUGGGCAUUUUGGCAAUGCUCCAGCACUGGGCCAAAACAAAGCAGCACAACGCUGCCCUCUCCAGCUGGACAGGGGGUGAAUUAGUAUCUGCUUGUUGGCACAGGGAAGAGCUGAAGGAGUACAUGCCGAAGACCCUGCAGUCCUCUAUCAAACUCCAGGCUCUGGAGAAGCAUGUUGGCAUGCUGCUGAGAACCAGGCAGCCCCUCCAGCGAGUGGAUGCAAAAAUCCAGUUCAUGGAGCACAUGAUGAAAUUGCCUUUCUUUGGCUACACCACCUACUUUGUAGAGAGAGUCAGUGAUGACACGAUCCCCGCACCCUGUUUCUUUGGCGUGAAUACAGAGGAGAUCAUUGCAGUGGAUGGCACCAUCCAGGAGGUCUCCUGCAUCAUCCCCUUGAAAGAGCUGCAGAAUAUGCGAACGCUGCAGCCUGUCUCUGACGGUGGGCUUCCCGGCAUAGAACUGAACUAUGGCUCAGCUGCCAGCCCCAAGACUAUGUGGGUUGAACUGUCACAGGCUAAAGAAAUGUAUCACACAAUUGUUGUCAUCCUGGAUAAAACAGAGUUGCACCACUACAGCCUAAGAGGAGGAGAAUGA